AUAAACCUGUUUUCUACCUUUAUACUGCUAUCUAUAAUUAUUUUAACUCUACCCCUUGUAUUUACUCCUAACAAAAUUUUCAAUAAUUACUCCUACCCAGAAUAUGCUAAAACAAUAAUUUUUUACUCUUUCAUAGCUAGCAUACCUCCAACUAUUAUAUUUAUUCAAUCUACCCAAGAAACAAUAAUCUCAAAUUGAUAUUGAAUAACAAUUCAAACUAUAAAAUUUUCCCUUAGCUUCAAACUAGACUUCUUCUCUAUGAUAUUUGUACCUGUAGCCUUAUUUAUUACCUGGUCCAUCAUAGAAUUUUCAAUAUGGUAUAUACACUUGGACCCGAACAUCAAUCGAUUCUUUAAAUACCUAUUAAUGUUUCUAAUUACUAUACUAAUUUUAGUUACAGCCAACAAUAUCUUCCAACUAUUUAUUGGCUGGGAAGGAGUUGGUAUUAUAUCUUUUCUACUAAUUGGUUGAUGAUACGGUCGAGCAGACGCUAAUACAGCUGCAUUACAAGCAAUUUUAUAUAAUCGUAUUGGAGACAUUGGAUUUAUUCUAUCUAUAGCAUGAUUUAUAACAAACUCAAACUCAUGAGAACUUCAACAAAUUUUUAUGUUAAACUCUGAUAACACCACCCUUCCACUGAUAGGAUUACUAUUAGCUGCUACAGGAAAAUCAGCUCAAUUCGGACUACAUCCAUGACUACCCUCCGCUAUAGAAGGACCUACACCAGUUUCAGCCCUAUUACACUCCAGCACAAUAGUAGUAGCAGGCAUUUUUUUACUUAUUCGAUUUUAUCCCCUAAUAGAAAACAAUAAAAUAGCUCAAUCCCUAGCUCUAUGUCUAGGAGCUAUCACUACUUUAUUCACAGCUAUCUGUGCACUGACCCAAAACGAUAUUAAAAAAAUCGUAGCCUUUUCCACUUCAAGUCAACUAGGAUUAAUAAUAGUUACAAUCGGCAUUAAUCAACCACACCUAGCAUUCCUCCACAUCUGCACCCACGCAUUCUUUAAAGCCAUGCUAUUCCUAUGCUCUGGCUCUAUUAUUCACAGUUUAAAUGACGAACAAGACAUCCGAAAAAUAGGUGGACUAUUCAAAUCUCUACCUUUCACAACUACUGCCCUAAUUAUUGGUAGCCUGGCACUAACAGGAAUACCAUUUUUGACAGGAUUCUACUCAAAAGACCUAAUUAUCGAAACCGCAAAUACAUCUUAUACAAACGCCUGAGCCCUACUAGUUACUCUCAUUGCUACCUCAUUAACAGCUGUUUAUAGCACCCGUAUCAUUUUCUUUGCACUACUUGGAAAACCACGAUUCUCCACUCUCAUUUUAAUUAAUGAAAACAACCCAUUAUUAAUAAACUCCAUUUUACGUCUCCUGGUUGGCAGUAUCUUUGCCGGAUUUUUUAUUUCUAACAAUAUUAAUCCUUCAACUGUACCUCAAAUGACUAUACCGCUAUACCUAAAACUUACAGCUCUAGCUGUGACUUUAAUAGGUUUUACGAUGGCCCUAGAACUUAACCAUAUAACCCAUAACCUAAAAUAUAAACAUCCUUCAGCCACAUUUAAAUUUUCAACUAUAUUAGGAUAUUUUCCACUCACUAUACACCGCUUAAAUCCCCUGACAAGCCUAAUUAUAAGCCAAAAAUCAGCCACUAUACUACUCGAUUUGAUCUGAUUAGAAAAUGUAUUACCAAAGUUAAUUACCAAUAUUCAACAAAACUCUUCAAUCAUAGUAUCUAACCAAAAAGGACUAAUUAAACUAUACUUCCUCUCUUUCCUAAUCACUAUAAUUACAGCUCUUAUCGUAUUUAAUUUCCACGCGUA